AUGCCGGGAUCGAAGAAAAAGGAAAUGGCCAAGAAAAAGGUAAGUCUACUUUUCUUCUCGGUUCAUGAAAGUUUCAAAACCCCGAUUUUAUCCAAAAUCAAAUUCAAUAUACUGUUCCCUCUGAUAAUUCUGAUCUUAUCACCGUCAAAAAAGCCUAAAAAUCUCUACCAAAAUCAAUAAAUCUUUUAAGAUGUGCGCAAAGCUGGUGGACAUCCAGUCCGACAUUCCGGCCGAUCCUGAACCGGAAUACUUCAAGUUCAAACUGUGCGGCCACGAGGUUGUAACCACGGGCAAUCCGGAGAAAUGCCCGAUCCCCUGCACCGCGAUCUGUCAGCACGGCUUCCAAUGCGCCUUGCCAUGCGGCCAUGGUCAGAUUAAUUUCUUUAAAUCAACGCUUCAGUAUUUUGAAGUUACUCUAUGUCUUCCAAUGACUUUCCUUCACAAAUUUAAAUAUUUCCAAGCCAAUCAAAAGCUAGAUCCUUUGAUCGAGCUGUCUAAGCUUGAAAAAAGGCCUCAUACUGGAAAUAGUCCGAUUAAAUGGCUUCUUAGGGUUCGAAUUUCAUCAUACCACGUUAAAGUUCCUCUUACCAAGCUCUCUAGGGUGGCUGUACCAGUUCUAAGGUUGGAAAAUCCAAUGGGUGCUUCUAGAGCUCGAUAAGGUAUAUGUGAUCCUUCUACAAAGGUACCGAUUCAUAAUUUUGGGUUUUCGGGGUCCUAAUUUUAUUAAUACUCUCCUCAUUGCUUUUCCCAAAGACAUAACCCUAAAUUUGCAGCGCCGCUGGACGUGGCGCACUUCACCGGCUUCUGCAAGUACCACGGGAAGAAACAGCCCGAAAUUAAAAGAUUUUCGAUGAGGUAGCUUUCAAACUGUCUUCCGUUCAGAAAACCGGAUUAUUUCAGCAAUGAGGAACAUGAAAUGCUCGUGUGGUGCGAAACGAUCAAUUUCAAAAUGAGGAUGUUCCGGCACCGGAUCGAAAUCGAGCAAGUCGAGUUCGAGAAAAACUUCGACUCGGAGAAACAUCCGAGGGUGAUUGAGAACCGCAAAAAAAAAAGCCGGGAUAAAAAUGAUGAUUACAGAUGUACGAGAUAGUCACAAACAUGGGCAUAUCGAUGUUUAAGAUCUUGGGCAAGGGUCUCGAGCGUUACCGGAUGAUCUACGGCGUUCAGCAUUUUCUGUUAGCUUUUUUUUAUCAUUCUGAUUAGCUGCUUUUCCAAAUGAAAAAUUGAAAAAGGUUCUGGCUCAACCGGUAUUAUAUUUUCACGCUGUUUAGAGGUCUCUAGCUCCGUUCUCGACUCCGUUUUUGUUAAUUUUUCUACAGUAGCUUGAUUUUAAACUGCAUCAUUCAAAAAGCCUGUAGCUCAGCCGUUGAAAUUUCUGCUUGCUUUUCGAAGCUCCCACCUUUCAUUUUGAAAUUACUAUAGAUCAACAGUUAGUCGCAGACAAUAUUCAUUCUGAGAUAUUUCAAAAUAUCUUGAAUUUCUUGUUCCAGACUCUUGGCCACAAUGACCGACGCGGCUCUUCUCAUCUUCCACCUGACCAAGGUUGAAGACGCCCUCAUUCAUGGUGCACUCUUCUGCGCGGUGAGUAUUUUCAGAAAUUCUCAUGGUUCUCAUUUGAACAACUUUUAAAUGGAAAAUGCGUCGAAUUUUAGCUAAACUUUCAAGACGACGCUGACCUUUCAAUCAGAACGUAGUAAGCCAUUCCAAAUGCGACCGCUUCUACUUUUGUUUCUCAAUCAAAACAACAGCAGGCCAUUCCAAAUGCGACCGAUUUAAAGCGUCUAUUAGUAUCUCAAUGAAAACGGAGCGCAACCGCAGCGCAGCUAACCAUUCCAAAUGAAACCAGCUCUUCUCUUUUCGGCUUCUUCCAAUAGAUUCCAAUACUUGGGCUUUCAUUCUGUCUUUCCAUCAAAACGCAGCGCAACCGCGACGCAUCUAACCAUUCCAAAUGCGACCAGUUUUCCUCGUAUCAGCUUCCUCUAACAAGUUCCAAAGUCUGAGCUUUCAUUCCGUCUCACAAUCAAAACGCAGCGCAACCGCGACGCAUCUAACCAUUCCAAAUGCGACCAGUUUUCCUCGUAUCAGCUUCCUCUAACAGAUUCCAAUGCCUGAGCUUUCAUUUCGUCUCCCAAUCAAAACACAGCGCAACCGCGACGCAUCUGACCAUUCCAAACGCUACCCAUUUAAGGCAUUCAUGAUCAUGGGCGCCGCCUUCUGCGACAAGAACGUUGACGUUCCUGACGAAACGAACAUGAGAACCCUGUUCCUGUACUGCGAGGAUGCUUGGAGCAACUUGCAGGUACGAAAAGUUCUUGGCUUAAACAAAUUCGAUUUUCGUUUUUUUCAGCGGGUGUGCCGCUUCAGUGAUCAGCUGGACACGCUGAAUAGCAUUCCGAAAAAUGAGAUUCUCGAAGAGAUUCUCAAAGAUUGCCGCAUUUUCGAGGAGAUGACCGAGGAGCAGAUCAAAAAGGCCUUGGAUAUCGAUUUUUGA